AUGGGGAAAAAGCAGCAUCAAAAGGAUAAGUUGUAUUUGACAACUACUGAGUGGAAAGAAACUUAUGGCGGUCACAAAGACGAUGUCGGUAGGCGCAUGCAACGAGCAUUGUUCAAACGUCUGCCAAUUACACAUUGCUCUCUAUCAUUACUGCCAUUUGAGGAUCCCGUUUGUUCACGAGACGGAAUCAUUUUUGAUUUAACACAAAUUAUUCCAUACUUAAAAAAGUAUGGUGUCAAUCCCGUAACUGGCAAAAAAAUGACAACAAAAGAGUUGAUUCAUCUGAAAUUUGACAAAGAUAGUGAUGGUAAUUUUCGAUGUCCUGUUACGUUUCGUGUCUUCACACCUACUAGUCAUAUUGUGACCAUCUGCCAAACAGGAAAUGUAUAUUCACUUGAGGCUGUCGAAGAAUUGAACUUGAAACGCGGACAUUUGAGAGAUCUUCUAACCGAUGAACCAUUUCAAAGGAAGGAUAUCAUUACUCUCCAGGAUCCAAAUCACUUGGAAAAGUUUAACAUUGAACAAUUUCACCAUGUGAAACUAGAUUUAAAGACGAAAUCUGAAAUUGAAGCUGAAAAGAGAGCCAUGGAAGAUCCGAAAUUUUAUAUCCGACGAAUGAAUAAUGAAACUAAGGAAGUUUUGGAAAGGCUAGCGAAAGAAUAUGUCCCGGCAAAAAAAGAAGAAAUAGAAGAGGAAGAAGCAGAUGAAAUUAAUGCAGCACAUUACAGUCAAGGUCGCGUAGCUGCAGGACUGACGUCAACGACUAUGGAGCCUGUAACACGCCAGAAGGCAGCUACACUUGAUGCUGAUACCGUUAAAUAUGCAAGGGUAAACAAGAAUGGUUAUGUAAGAAUCGUAACUAAUUAUGGUGCAAUAAAUCUUGAAUUAUAUUGCAAAGACGUUCCAAGAACUUGUGAAAACUUUAUCAAGCACUGCAGAAAUGGUUAUUAUAAUAAUACCAAGUUUCACCGGGUCAUUCGGAACUUUAUGAUGCAAGGAGGAGAUCCGACAGGUACUGGCAAAGGGGGUGAUUCUAUUUGGAAAAAGCCUUUUAAGGAUGAAAUCAUAUCAUCCCUUAGUCAUAAUCAACGCGGCAUACUGAGUAUGGCAAAUCAGGGAACAGAUACGAAUAAAUCGCAAUUCUUUAUUACUUUUCGGUCAUGUAGUUACCUGGACGGCAAACAUACUAUUUUUGGGCGUGUUGUGGGCGGUACCGGAACAUUGAACGCUGUUGAAAAGAUAGAAACUGAUGAAAGUAACCGUCCAAUUGUAGAUGUGAUUUUUCUCAAUUCAGAAAUUUUUGUUGACCCUUUCGAAGAGGCUGAAAUAGCAGUGGAAAAGGAAAGGGAAAAUAUUCGCUUAGCGAAAGCUAGUCAAGAAAGUGAAAUAGUAAUAAGUGCGCCUGCUGCAGUAACACAAAUUCCAAAACCGAAGAAAUAUGGUGCGGGCGUCGGAAAGUAUAUAAAUUUGCCAGAAUUAGCCGCCGCGACGAAGCGCAUGGCGAACGACAUCGCUGAAUACGACAUAGCUAAAAAGACUGUUAAGCCAAAUCAGAUUUUUGGUAAUUUUUCAUCCUGGUAA